AUGGGCGUUUACUGCUUGGCGACUUACGCGAUGGCUCAUCGCCGGGCGCGAUGGUCCAUCACCAUACACGCCACUGGACCUAGUCGAGAGCGCAUUGAACAGAGUCUAUGGCCAACAUGGAUGCGAGUUACUUCCCGAUGCACCGCCACCAUCUACAAAGCUUGCGGAGGAAGUUGAACUUGGGCCAUCAGUUCUGGUCACGCCAUGGUUAUGUGCCCUACCGUGUUCAAUUCGUGAAGAAGCACAAGGGUUACAACCAUCUCGCACGCAGCAGUUCUCGCGGCGGUCGCUGCUUCUUGCGGGGGUUACUGCUUCUUCCUCUACUAUCCAAUGGAAAUCCACCUGUUUGUACGUCCCAUUGCUUCGCGACCCCCUUCGACCCCGCGACCUCAAACACUGAGCCUUCGAGAUGCCAGCAAGGCGCCAUCUCGCGUAUAUCACUCCGCGCGGUUCACCGACCUCCCACCACAUGCUUUAUGGCAUUGUUUAGAACUACUUCCGUCACAGAUCCGGAAUCCCAAUGCAUCUUCGCACCGUGCGCCCGGAGUGCAUCUUCGCGCCGUCCGUCACGCCUUCUGCCCUCCUCCUGCAUACAGUGCACCAGACGUUGGAGCUGUGCCUGAUAGCGCCAUAGCGAAGUAUAAAGGUUGCGGUCGCUCUCACCGACCGGCCUACCUCUCUCGGCGUGCUCCCUCUCGAAGAGCCUCAGCCCCCCGUCUCCUACGAGCGCCCCGCCUUGCACGAUGGCCGCCUUUGACGCGCCGAUCCUCAAGAAGACGCAGCCCCCGGUCG